ACCAAUGUUUUGUUUUAUCCUACAGGCCAGAGUCUAUGGGGAUGGUGAGUGGGUCAGUGUUCCUGAUCAUCAUGUUUUUCUUCCUGGGUGUUCCCUUUGGCCAACACUUCAUGCACCCAGGCACUUCUUUUCCUCAUGCAGCAUUUGCAGAGUACCUCACAUCUCUUCUCUCCAUAUGCUGUAUGCUCUUCCUUGGGUUUGCAGAUGAUGUUCUCAAUUUAAAGUGGAGAUACAAGCUGGUACUUCCCACUCUUGCAUCACUGCCACUGUUAAUGGUAUACUACAUCAACUUGGGUUCAACAACAGUUGUUGUACCGCUUCACAGUGGAUCGGUCUUACACUUAAUAUAG